GGUAUUUUUAGCAAACCUAAUAGAAUAAUAGAAUUUCCGGCCAUCACAAGGUGAUUCCCAAUUCAUGACGAGAAUAAUAUAAUUAUACUAACCUACAGAAAAAAAUAAUUAUAAAUUAAAUGCAAAUGAAUGAAGUGAUUUAAUUGACAAUCGAACGUCAAUUUUUUUUUGCCAUAUAUGUUGACAUGUCUGUAUAUUAGUUUGCAGAGUAAGUGUAAGUAAUUUUUGCUAGUAUACAAGAUAUAUACCUCUCGACAGAUUGUAAUGGUAACGAAAACAACUUACACAUCCAUUGUUGACAAUGAGAUUAGAUUUUCAACAUAAAUUAUUACGAAUCGGAUAUCGUAAUAUAAUACCAUUUUCCAAUAUUAAUCCAGGAUUAAACAUUUCGGCCGGCAUCGAAGGAAUUUUAAUCCAAGUUAUGGCUGAUUAUUUUAAUUUUACUAUAAAAUUUAUUGAAAUUCAUGAUGAAGGCCAUUUGGAAAGGAUUAAUGGUACCUGGACUGGACUAAUUGGACAUAUUCAAGAUGGUCAAUUUGAUAUGGCUAUCGGUGCUAUAAGUAUCAAUUUCAAUCGACUGUUAGCCGUAAAUUUUAUCGAACCACAUUAUGUAGAUUUAUUCUCAUUCACAACAAAUCCAGCAGUUCAACAUGUUGGUUUUGAUGUUUUGAUACGACCAUUCCAUCGUGAAGUUUGGUUUUUAAUGUUUUCAAUAUUCAUUAUUUCUUUAUUGUUUCAACAAUUUGAAAAUCAAAUGUUAUCAAUCACUAACAUUGUUAGUCGUCAUCAAUCAUUAUCAUCAUUAGAACAUAACAUUUUCUGGAUCAAUCUGUGUCUAUUGUUUCGUCAACCAUAUUUAAAACUUGCUGAAAUUAAUUUUUCAUCAAAGAUAUUCGUCAUUAUAUGGGCAAUUGUGGCAUUGAUUCUUACCAAUUCAUACGCCGGUGGUCUUUGUUCGAUAUUGGCCAUACCAACCGAGCAUGCUAUUGACACGGUAGAAAAAUUAGCUAUGGAAUGUCAGCAAAAACAUAUCAUCACACUUGGGAUUGAUACUGAUUACUACACAUCAUUGAAGGACAGCCUAAAUCCAACAUUGCGCGACAUUGGUCAGCAUAUGGAAUUCGUUUCCGAUAAAGAUGAAGCGAUUCAAAUGAUACUUUCGUCAAAAAUUCAUACUCGCAAAUAUGCGUUUCCAUUUUCUUAUGAACAAAUUUUAUUCACCAAAAUAAUGAUUGGAUGGCCUCGACUUUACUUGCCACCAUACACAGAAUCUUUUUUUCCACUUUUCUAUGGUAUUCCGGUAUCAAAAACAUUCAUUUACAUACAAGAAUUUAAUCAAAUAAUCAAAUGCCUAAUUGAAGCUGGACUUCCAAUAUAUUGGAGAUCAUCCGAGAUUUUUAAAAUAAUUCGAAAUCGCUCAAAAGUUGGCCUGGAAUGGGUGCAACAACUUCAGUCCUCUUCCUAUGCAAAUAAACGAACAAAAAAUCAACAAUUCUCUAUGUUACAUGUGGAAAUUAUAUUCCAUUUAUAUCUAAUUACAUUGACAAUGGCCAGCAUAACAUUGAUAUCCGAAAUAUUCAUCCAUUUUCGGUUACUAUCAAAGUUGACUUCAAACAUGAAUAAAUUAUUCAAUCAUGCAAUCAAUAUGAUCGGCAUGGGCAACAGAUUAUACAGAAACGUCUUGAAAACAAAAAUAUCGCGGGCAUUGUAA